AUGGCUGUUUGCGACGGCAGCUGUGGUAUGGGAGAUCCUUAUGCAUAUCCUCUGUGUGUCCCGCAAGACAGUUUGGAAGACAUUGACAUGUUUCCAUCUUUUAUUGAUGAUCUUAUAAUUGUAAGUGAUUUCGGAGAUAUCCCGCGGGAGAAAGUAACCAGAGCAACAAAGAAAAGGGUUGUUUUACAAGAUUAUGAUAAUAGUGUUGCCAAGGAUGAUAUCGUGCCGGAGAAGGUAGCCCGAGAAACAAAGCGGAUUGCUUUACAAGAUUCUGAUAGUAGUGUUGCGAAUAUAAAUCGUAUGGUUAACCUUAUUAGCGUUUUUCCGAAAAAGAAACCUAGGACUAACCGGACUUGUGGUCGUGAAUGGUCGAGUUGGCGGGAAUGGUCCAAUAGAAAACAAAGUAUGACGGAGAAAUGGGCAGAGAAUAUAGAGGAAUGUUCCAAUAAAAAAAAACAAAGGUGGGCAGAGAGUUGGGCGGAAAAUAUUAAAAAGAGAAGGUGCAGGCACUGCAAGACUGAGAAGACGCCGCAAUGGCGGGAGGGUCCGUCGGGGCCGAAGACGUUGUGCAAUGCAUGUGGGGUGCGGUACAAGUCCGGCAGGUUGGUGGCGGAGUAUCGUCCGGUUAAGAGUCCAACUUUUGAUAAUCGGAAGCAUUCAAAUUUUCACAAGCAGAUAUUGAAAAGAAAGCAAGCUUGUGGGUGA